UUUUUAUUUUUUUUUUUUUUAUAAUUUUUUAUUGUCAUGUAAGUUUAGAAUGUUUACAUUGAAAAAGAUAGAGAGUGGUAGUGUAUAGUUUUAAAUAGAUUUUAUUUUCAAAAAAAUAGCAAUAGCUAAUCAAACUUCACCCUUACCAUUUACCAUUUGCUCUCUCCUCUCUCCUGUCGUUAAGCACUUAACGAUAGCCCCUUAACGAGACACAUGGGGCGGUGUUUGGCCUGUACUAGCAAAGGUCUUGGCGACCGACUUGCAACCCCCACCUAAUAUGUAAAUAUAUUUUUUUAAGUGUUUGGCUUGUGUUAACAAAGGUAUGUAAAUAUAUAUUUUUAAAAGUAUAAAACUCCAGGUGACUCAAGUUCCUUGCGGGGGCAAUAAGGUCAUUUACGCAAAGAGUGCUUUAUGGCGAGAUCCCGUGUGCGGCACCAGCACCGAAAAGUCUCUCUCCUUUUUCUCCGCGCCAUUAGGAAUUAAGAACUCCCGUUUUCGUCGCCAAUACUUACAUAAAUGACGAUAUUUAUCCAUUGAUAAUUGUAUCGAAACACUGUUGCAGCUGCCAAAUGCAAAUAAUGCUCAAUUAACCACCCAGAUACUUGAUAGCAGCCUGCUUCUGGUGUUGAAUUCCCGAUUUCAGGUCAGAGAUAUCUCGUAUUCCUCUACCUACUUCUGUAAUCACUAAUGAAUAAAUGGCUACAAUCUCAGUAACAGAUAUUGCCUUCCAGACCCAUCCACACCACCUUUUUGUUUCCUCAGGCAUUGGUGGAUCUAAAUCGUAUGUCAGUCCCAAGAAAUACACACUAAACUGUAGAAAGCACUCCAAUAGUAAAAGUCUUUGCAGAAAAAGCUUACACAAAAGUCACCGCCUGUUCAAAUCAAGUAACUUUAUGUGUUGCACUGUGGAAAUAGCAAUAUCAGAAGGUUCAAUAACUGUUGAUAAUGGUGGAAGACUAGCUCUUGUAGUUGAUGAUGAUUCUCAAAAAUCAAAAUUACUCAGUGAUGGACCACGUAGAGAAAUACCAGACUGGAUGGCACGAAGGAUAGGUUCUGUUCGUCCUAAGUUUCCUCCUAAAAAGAUUGACAUUUCUGAAGUCAACACAUCAAAAUUCAAGUCUUUGGAAUUGCCUAAUCCUUCUGAAGUAUGGUCAAUUGCAAAAGCAAAGCCAAAAGAUGGGGACACAUUAAUUGAACAUGUGAUUGAGAAAGAGUUAAUUGAAAAGAAACGGAAGUCUCUAGAACGUGCUCUGCAACGAAAAACUAUUCAAUGGCAGAAGACCCCAGAAGAAAUAAAACUAGAGCCAGGAACUGGCACAGGACGUGAGAUAGUGUUUCAAGGUUUUAAUUGGGAAAGUUGUAGAAAAAAGUGGUACAUGGAUCUGGCUCCAAAGGCUGCAGAUUUAUCUCGCUGUGGUAUAACAGCAGUGUGGUUACCUCCUCCAACUGAAUCUGUUGCUCCACAAGGGUACAUGCCUUCUGAUCUAUACAACUUGAACUCAGCAUACGGGACACAGGAGGAGCUGAAGCAUUGCAUAGAGGAGAUGCACAAUCACCAUCUUCUGGCGUUGGGAGAUGUUGUACUAAAUCAUAGAUGUGCUCAUAAACAGAGUGAAAAUGGAGUAUGGAAUAUUUUUGGCGGGAAACUUACCUGGGGACCUGAAGCAAUUGUUUGUGAUGAUCCAAAUUUUCAUGGUCGUGGAAAUCCUUCAAGUGGUGACAUAUUUCAUGCAGCACCAAACAUUGAUCAUUCCCAGGAUUUUGUACGAAAUGAUGUAAAACAGUGGCUGAACUGGCUUCGGAACAAUAUUGGUUAUGAUGGGUGGCGCCUUGACUUUGUGAGGGGUUUCUCAGGUGGAUAUGUUAAAGAAUACAUUGAAGCUUCAAAUCCUGCAUUUGCCAUUGGGGAGUAUUGGGAUAGUAUGGCUUAUGAAGGUGGUAAUCUGUGCUACAACCAAGACGCACAUCGUCAACGUGUAAUUAACUGGAUCAACGCGACUGGUGGUACCUCAUCUGCAUUUGAUGUCACAACAAAGGGAAUACUUCAUUCGGCAUUGCAUAAUGAAUAUUGGAGAUUAAUAGAUCCUGCUGGAAAGCCACCAGGAGUCAUGGGAUGGUGGCCCUCACGUGCUGUCACUUUCUUGGAAAAUCAUGAUACCGGCUCAACACAGGGACAUUGGCCAUUUCCACGGGAUAAACUUAUGCAAGGAUAUGCUUACAUCUUAACCCAUCCGGGGACUCCUGUGGUGUUUUAUGACCAUUUUUAUGAUUUUGGGAUCCAUGAUGUGAUAACGGAGCUAAUUGAGGCUAGGAAACGAGCAGGGGUCCACUGCAGGAGUGUUGUCAAGAUUUAUCAUGCAAAUAGCGAUGGGUAUGUGGCCCAGAUAGGGGACACCUUGGUCAUCAAACUUGGUCACUUUGAUUGGAAUCCUUCUAAACAAAUUGAUCUUCAUGGGACUUGGCAAAAGUUCCUGGAUAAACACUCAGAUUACCAGAUUUGGUUCAGAAUCUAGUACACUACUUCUUUUAUAAUUUCCAUAUUCCAGGAAAUUACAACUAAUAACUAAAUCGAAUCCAACUUUCACUAAUAUUUACUUCUUAAUAAGUAAUAUCCAUUUGUCUAUACAA